AGGGACACAAACGCAUGAACGCUGUCGUGUUCGGGGGCAAGAAUGUCAAUAACCACUUGCCAGAAGGUGACGCUCAUAUCCUGCUCCUUGCUCUGCGUGUCUCUGUUCCUGCCCAGGAUGUUUUUACCCAGAGGGACAAAGGCGAUGGAGCAUCCUGAGGUUGGACCUGGAUUUUACCCGCCUGUGAUGAAUCAGCUGUCACUGCCGAAAGACUCAAAACAGUGGGGCGUGGAAGUGUUGCACUCCAUGACGCACGGCGCAGAGGCCCUGGCCAAAAUGAAAGGAGUCGGCCGAGGAACAAAAUACAACCUGAUGGCUCAAGUCAUUCCCAUUUAUGGUUUUGGCAUCCUCCUCUACAUCAUCUAUAUAAUCCACAAGCUGACGUGUAAGACGACGAAGACGACUAAACCAGGGAUCUACAGCACAAUAAUCAAGACAAACACACAGAAUACAUUCACGACAGAUUACGAGAUGGUCAGACUCCAGGAGAGACUCCUGCAGACGGAGACGAAGUUGGACAGGAUCGCCUCCGCAAAGCGCUCGAAAUCUGCAAGUGGCAAACGGAGGAAGAGUAAAUCUUCCACCUCAAAGAAGGAGGAGAAAUUACUCCGGCAACUCCGUCAGAUCACGCUGCUGAUGCAGGAGGGGCGCCUGGAGGGGGCGUCUCCAGAGAUGGAGGCCGAGGAAGUGUCGUACGGUGCAGACUGGGAAGGCUACCCAGAGGAGACCUACCCACAGUAUGAUGAUCCCUAUCACAGAUGUGUGUUUGACAUGGUCGGAGUGGAGGCAACCUGUAACCAACCCACUGCCGAGGCCCUGGCUGAGAGGAUGGAGCAGGAGGAGGAGGAGGUGAUGGCAAGAAAGCUCUCCAUCGUGCGUGAGGAGGAUGAAGACGACGACGGGGAGGAAGAGGGAGAGGAUGAUGUGGAAGAAGAGGAGGAGGAGGGUGAGAAUGAAGAAGAAGCAGAGGAAAAUAUAGAGGAGGAGGAGGAGGAGGAGGCAGAGAAACGACUGUUGCUCAGCCCUCGUUUAUCACGUCCUGCUGCAGAGAGAAAGCAGGAGAGACUCGGUUUGGAGGUGAGCAGAGAGCUGCAGUGUCACAGCGGAGGGAGGAAACAGAUCAGCUUCAGUGACCACAAAGAUGUGUUCCACUACCCCAAAGAGGGCGUGUAUGAUGAUGAGGAGGAAGAGGAUGAGGAGGAGGAGGAGGAGGAGGAGGCGGAGGUAGAAUUAGAGAGGGAAGAAGCUGAUGAAGAAGAUCCAGUGAUGGAAGCAGAGAGCCUGCAGUUCAGCAGCGACGGUUGCCCGGACCCAGAGGAAGAGGAAGAAGAAGAAGAGGAGGAAGAGGAGGAGGAUAAAGAGGAGUACGUGUUAGUGUCUGCUCCUGUAGGUGGCAGUAAAGAGGUGGGAGUGAGUGGGCUGAGGAUGAGGAACAGGAGAGAGACAUGAGGACGUUUUUACCUUUGUCUAAAAUCACUUUAGUUUCGCCUGUGAGUCAGUGAACAUCAAACAUUAUCCCUGAUAUUGAGUUAAUUGUAGGAUUUAAACUCCUUACACAUCAUCAAUAUAGAAAAAUAUGUAGAAAAGAUUAUUUUAUAUUAUAUACAGUAGAUAUUUUAACAAUAGUUCUGCAGCUGUACUGUGUUUUUGCUUUUUUUGAAACAAUGACAAACUAUUCUUUACAUGUUUCUAUACAAACAUGUAUAUUAUUAUUAUAAUAGCAAUAUGGACUCGCUGGCCAUUUUAUUAGGUACACCCGUAUUUCUAAAUGCAAAUAUCUAAUCAGCCAAUCAAAUGG